GCAUAUUCGAAAUCCAAAUUAAAACUUGUUGUCAAAGAAAACCCUCGUUGAUAAAAUACUUGAAUGCGAUCGUGGUAAGCCAAAAGCAAGAACCUAAAAUUCAAGACUCAAUGGCCACGGUGGGUAUCGAGAGGAAGCAACCGGUAUCUGCCGAAGAGAUUUGCACCGCCAAGGGUGGAGCCAAGCAAGGGGAGGGCCUCCGCCAAUACUAUCUCCAACACAUCCACGAGCUCCAGCUCAAUCUCCGCCAAAAAACCCACAAUCUCAAUCGCCUCGAAGCCCAGCGCAAUGAGCUCAAUUCUCGAGUGAGAAUGCUUAGAGAGGAAUUGCAGCUGCUUCAGGAGCCUGGGUCCUAUGUUGGGGAGGUUGUGAAAGUUAUGGGUAAAAACAAAGUUCUAGUCAAGGUUCAUCCAGAAGGAAAAUAUGUUGUUGAUAUUGAUAAGAAUAUUGAUGUCACAAAAAUCACUCCAUCAACAAGAGUUGCUCUUCGUAAUGACAGCUAUGUUCUGCAUCUGAUCUUACCAAGCAAAGUUGAUCCCCUGGUUAAUCUUAUGAAAGUUGAAAAAGUUCCAGAUUCUACAUAUGACAUGAUCGGUGGCCUUGACCAACAAAUUAAAGAGAUAAAAGAGGUCAUUGAACUUCCUAUUAAACAUCCUGAAUUGUUUGAAAGCCUUGGAAUAGCUCAGCCAAAGGGUGUCCUGUUGUAUGGACCACCUGGUACAGGAAAAACUCUUCUGGCCAGAGCUGUGGCGCAUCAUACUGAUUGUACUUUCAUCAGGGUUUCUGGUUCUGAAUUAGUUCAGAAAUACAUUGGAGAAGGCUCUCGAAUGGUUAGAGAACUUUUUGUUAUGGCCAGGGAGCAUGCUCCAUCGAUCAUAUUCAUGGAUGAGAUAGACAGUAUUGGAUCUGCCCGAAUGGAAUCUGGAAGUGGCAAUGGUGACAGUGAGGUGCAGAGGACCAUGUUGGAACUUCUCAACCAGCUUGAUGGAUUUGAAGCAUCUAACAAGAUUAAGGUUCUGAUGGCUACAAAUCGGAUUGAUAUAUUGGAUCAAGCUCUUCUUAGGCCAGGACGAAUUGACAGGAAGAUUGAAUUUCCAAAUCCGAAUGAGGAGUCUCGUCAGGACAUCCUAAAAAUUCAUUCUAGAAGAAUGAACUUGAUGCGGGGGAUUGAUCUAAAGAAGAUCGCGGAGAAGAUGAAUGGUGCUUCUGGUGCAGAGCUUAAGGCGGUUUGCACAGAAGCCGGGAUGUUUGCUUUGAGGGAAAGGAGAGUCCAUGUAACACAGGAAGAUUUCGAGAUGGCUGUGGCAAAGGUGAUGAAGAAGGAGACAGAGAAAAACAUGUCCUUACGAAAACUGUGGAAGUGAAUUAUGUUUUUAUUUUCAGGUUGUGCUUCUAUACUUGGUUUUCGGGGGAAAUUGAACAUGUAAUUCCAGAUUUAUAUAGUGACAAUGUAAACUGUAAGCCUGAUUUCUUUGACAAGACUGUCUUAGAGAUUUACAUGUAGAAGACUUGAACUCUAUGAACUACUUAGAUCAGUUUGUCGUACGA